AACCGAAAUCCCUUGACAAGUUCAACGUCGCCAGCGAAGGGAAAAGAGCAAGUGCAGCAGCGGUUGGCUGGGCUGUCGGUGUGUGGUAGUAGUAGUAGGCGCAUCCGCGUAAAAGACUAGGACGUCCUGAAUCCUUACAAGAAGAAGAUCGUACGGAGAAGAUCUCUAGAGCAGGCAUGGAUCGCCGCGGCGGCGUUCUAGAUCAUCCUGAUAGAUCCCGCCUCGCGGAUUCUCAGCCGUCGGAUCGAACUGGUGCUGGCGGCGCGACCGGAUUUCACGGAGACCUGGCGCCGCCUCCGCACUCUCAGCAUGAUCCGUUCCCCCGAUGGGGAUCGCAACCCCAGAUUGCGGGAUCUCGGUUUCCUCCCUUUCAAAAUUCCGGAUAUAGCAGGAUUCCGCAAUCCAGCGGGGAAGGCGGUGGAGGGGGUGAGAGAGGAGGGAGGGAUAGGCGAGGGGGAUUUACCCGGCAUAAUUCGUGGGGCGGGAUGUUUCGAUUGAAGCACUCGCAGUCGCAUAAGAACCUCAUGGCGGCGCCGCUCCCCAAGUGCCUCACUUUCUGGCAGCUCAUCCCGCUAGGAGUGGGGUCCACCAUAGGGGCGGGGGUCUACGUGCUCAUAGGCACAGUGGCCCGAGAGAAGGCAGGGCCAGCGCUGCCGCUCUCCUUCCUCAUUGCAGGGGUAGCGGCGGGUCUCGCCGCUCUCUGCUACGCCGAGCUGGCCAGCCGCUGCCCGUCCGCUGGGAGUGCGUAUCACUACGCGUACACGACUGUGGGGGAAGUGGUGGCGUGGCUGAUUGGCUGGGCGCUGAUUCUGGAGUAUUCUGUCGGUGGAGCGGCGGUGGCCCGUGGCAUCUCACCCAACCUGGCAACGGCGCUCGGAGGGGCGGACAACGUGCCCUUCAUCCUUGCUCGACUGCCCAUCCCAGGCACCACCAUGGUCCUGGAUCCUUGCGCUGCCCUCAUGGUGGCGCUGGUCACUGCGCUGCUGUCUGCUGGCAUUAAGGAGAGUGCCAAUUUCCAGCUGGGGAUGACUGUAGCGAACGUGAUAAUACUGGUGUUUGUGGCGGUGGCGGGGGCAUGGAUAGGAUUUACCCACGGGUGGCCAGGGUACAAGGACUCACCAAGCUACCUGCCGUUUGGCGUGUCUGGGUUGCUGGGAGGAGCUGCCAUGGCUUUCUUCUCUUAUAUCGGAUUUGACACUGUAGCGAGUACAGCUGAGGAGGUGAAGCACCCUCAGCGCGACCUGCCUCUAGGGAUUGGGUUGUCGCUGACAUGCUGUGGCGCGCUAUACAUGGUGCUGGCGGCGGUGCUGGUGGGGUUGACUCCGUUUGACCGCAUUGACCCCGAUACCCCCAUGGCCCAGGCGUUCCAGACGUACAACCUGCACUGGGCCAAGUACCUUGUCACAGGGGGGGCACUGGCAGCUCUGUCCACCACACUGCUCGGGUCACUGCUGCCUCAGCCGCGCAUUCUCAUGGUGAUGGCCCGGGACGGGCUACUCCCAGGGUGGUUUGGCCGCAUCGACAAAGGGACGGGGGUGCCGCUGAACGCGACAGCUGUCACGGGGCUAUUGGCUGCUGGCAUGGCGUUCGUGCUGGACAUAGGGCAGCUGUCAGGGAUGGUCAGCGUGGGCACUCUCCUCGCCUUCACCACUGUCAGCCUCUCCGUCCUCAUCCUUCGCUACACUCCCCCCUCCUCCCCUCCCACCCCUCUUCCCUCCUCACACCCCCCUUCACAUCCCUCCUCAUAUCCCUCCUCACUCCCCUCCUCCUCCCACAACCACCCCCACUACCCCUCUUCUUCCUCCUCCCGUCCCUUCCCAUCCUACCCUUUCUCCCCACCCUCCAAGCCUCAGUACAUAUCUUCCUCCCUCCCUACUGCAGCAGCAGCAGCAGCAGGGGCGGGAAUCUUAGUCUCUUCCCCCCUCCCAAUUGGCCAAUCAAGCGUCUUUGCGCAUCUGGGGUCCCCUGACAGCCUGGGCACAUCUCCAGCCGUUGAGAUCCGAUCCAACGGCCAGCUGCACUCCGCACUCGCUCACACUCCCAACUCGUUCCAAGCACCACUACUGGCUCGUCUACUUGAAGAGAUGGGGGAAGAGGGGAGGGAGGAGGAGGUGGAGGAGGAGGAGCGGGAGGAGGAGAGGGAGGAGGAAGAGGAAGGGGAAGAGGAGAUGGGGGAGGAGGGCAAGGAGGGUCGGCAAGAGGAGGAAUCCGCCUUGCUGGUAGCCCAACAGCAGCAGCAGCAGCAGCAGCAGCAGCAGAAGCAUUGUACUGGGCUUGGGCAAAGCUUUGCAAGGGGUGAUGCCAGCGCUACCAGCAGCACCACCCAUGGGCUACGCACUGGUGGUGAGGGCCUGGCCCAUCAGGCAGCAGGCCUCACUGUAAUCACACCGUGUACAGUCACCGCUACAUCCGCUGCUAUACCUGCUACAGCUGCUACAGCUCCUGCUACAUCCCACAGGCGUCUGGCCUCUCGGGCCAUCGUUGCUGUCUCCCUGGGCGCCCCACUCCUUGCCGCUGCCGCCGCUGCUGCCUCUGCUGGGCUUUCCUCCACACACUGGCUGCCUCUCCUCCUGUUCGCUCUGGGCGGCGCACUGUUUCUCGGUGGGGCGGCAACUCUUGGAUUUAUCAACGAGGACGAAGGAAGGCACCAGUUUGGAUCAGCAGGAGGAUUUCACUGCCCCUUGGUGCCGUGGCUUCCCCUCGCCAGCAUCCUCAUCAACGUGUAUCUCAUGGCGAACCUGGGGGCUUGUGCUUGGCGCUGGGAUCAUGUCCCACUCUUCCCAUGGCUCUUGAGUCGACUCAAAAGCGCCACCACGUGGCUCUACUCCUCCUCAUGGCUCGCCAUAGGCGCCGUCAUCUACCUCGUCUACGGCAUUCACCACAGCGCCCUAGGCCGGGCGCAUGCCCCGGGCCCUCGCGUUCUGGACGCGUCCAAGAGGACUGCCAGCUGGUGGAAUCUGGGCACUCCGUUUGAGGAGUGGGUGGUGAAGCAGACGCACAGACAGACGCAGAGACAGGCAGAUACACAGGCGAGGCAGCUACGGGAGCAAGGCAUUUGAGCGAGCAGACAGGACAGGCAGACAGACGCAGAGACAGGCAGAUACACAGGCGAGGCAGCUAUGGGAGCAAGGCGUGUGAUGUGAUGUGAGCAGGCAGAACUGCUAGCUGGUAGCACCUUGGGAAGCCGUAUGAGGAGUGGGUGGGGAGAGGCAGGCCCACAGACAGACACUGCUGACGCAAGGCCAAGGCGUGUGGUGUAGGCCAGUCGAGCAAACUCGUCUCAAUCAGUAGUUUGGCAUGGCUGCAUUUUUGUAAAUAUUGCUACGCUAUGGCAUGCUUGUACCGCACACAGGAUGUAAAGUUGACCUUCGACCUACCGGUUCUCACUGAUGGCCGUUGCUAUUACUCCAGGAUCCAGAUUCCAGAUU